GUAGACGUCAUUCUUGGUGGUAACGAAAGAAGAACUCCUUGAUUUGAUUAAGUCAUGACGGAAGAAACUGGAUUAACGAGUAUUUACUUAGAGAAUCAACCGCAUGAUUGCGUAUUCAGUCCUAAUAAUGAAAAUAUCUACAUUGGAUUACUCACCGGGGAAAUAAAAGGAUUUUCCUUCAAUGAAACAUCUUCUCAGCGUACACUACGGGUCAGACCAACGAAGAAGAGCUGUAGGGGGAUAGAUAUUAGCCAGGAUGGCAAUUGUCUCUAUAGCGUCUCAAAGGAUGGCUCCAUUCAUUUUAUAGACGCUACUACAGGUCAGAUAAUAGAAGCAAAGGAGAAAGCGCAUGAGCAUUCCAUUAGCAGAGUCAAACUAACAAUGCCAAACUUGCUUGCUACCGGCGACGACGAGGGUGUCGUAAAAAUAUGGGACACACGCACUCCACAGCCUCUCAGACAGUAUACACAUCACUUCGACUACAUUUCUGACUUCUACUAUGAAGAUGCAGAGAGAAAAUUGUUGACGACAUCUGCAGAUGGUACACUCAGCGUUAUCGACGUGCGUUCCAACAAAGCCGAACCAGUUGGUCAUUCAGAAGACCAAGAAGAUGAGCUUCUCUCUAUCGCACCACUCGCAGGUACAUCAAAGUAUGCAGUUGGUACCCAAUUGGGUGUCUUGUCCAUUUUCAACAGCAAACAAGGUUGGGGUGACUGUGUAGAUAGAAUACCGGGUCAUCCACAGUCUAUAGAUGCAUUGGUCAGCCUCGGCCCUUCUAUUCUUGCGACUGGAUCAUCUGAUGGUCUCAUACGCGUUAUGGGUGUCCUGCCAACAAAGUUCAUGGGUGUUAUUGGCGAUCACGGUGAAUUUCCAAUUGAAAGAAUGAAGGUUUCUAGUGAUUCAAAGUGGCUGGCGUCUAUGUCGCACAAUGAUGAGCUGAUGAUGACACGCAUUGACGAUAUGUUCGAAGACAGCGAUGGAGAAGAUGCGGCAGAGGAAUACGCGGUGGAUGUCACUCAAGAUAAAGACAGUGAUAGCGAUGAUGAUGAGGAAAUGCAAUCAGAGGAACAAGAAGAGCAAGAAGAACCAGAAGAACCGGAGGAGAAGCCAGAACCGAUGAAGAAGAAGAGCAAGAAGAAUAAACACUUCUUAGAGGAUGACAGCAAUAGUACUUUCUUUGAUGAUUUGUAGUAAACUUGUAUUCCACCUCGAAAUUCUGUCUUCUCAGUGUACAUCAAAUAACGCGUAGAGUCAGACUUUAUUAAUAAUUUAUAUACAUUUCUU